CGAUUACGAUGGAAGAAACUAUUGUCCACUACAAUUUUAAGUUUUACUUUACAUAACGGAAAUCGGGACCCGGUGAAAAUUUAUGUCUAGAGACUUACUACUUGUCGGGAUGUUUCCUUUGGGGGAGCGUAAUCCGGAGUGCCGGUCUCUGGAUACUCGGGCGGUUCUCGGUUGGCCGGAACAAGUCAGUCCGUCAGGACUCUAGGCUGGUGGAACUGGAGAGUGAUAACCCACGGAAGUACACCAGUGCACUCACUUCACUUGCGGUUCGCUUUUUGUUAAUAUUUGUCCCGACUCGCACUCGAGCAAUCGUGAAACUCGCGACGAAAAUUCUUGGACUCGCACUCGGUCAAGAGUAAAAAGCGGAAAAAGCUGCUCGCGGUCUUUGGGAUCGCGAUUUUAUACUCAAUUUUCCGAAGGGAAGGGUUAAGGUGUAGGCGGUGUCAUUCUUGGAUUGGUGGGCCCUUUUAAAACCACCAAAUUUGGAGCUUGUCUAUUGGGAACUCGUGAAAUUAUUAUUUCGUAAAGAUGAUCAGUUAUUGGUCCAUCUCUUCUCGUCUCCGCCCGAUUUGGUUUUGGUUUUGAGUAUAGGAGAGGGAUGUUUAUAAUUUUCGCUCCUCUUAUCUUUAGGUCACUCAAACAACAAGCAAGCAAAAAAAGGGUCUUUAUGUCUUCCUGUAGAAUUUUAGUAAGAACAUACUUUUAUUGAUUGAGCACGGACAGCGUUUUUGCUGUGAAUAAUAAAUUUUUAUAGUUUCCGGAAGUUCCCUGUUUGAAGAUUUUAAUUUUUAUUGAGUUUCAAUAUUUCCCUUUUCCUUUGCUUAGCGUCGGGUACCGAUCCAGGGCAUUGUCAGAGUAAUGUUCGGUAAUAAAGUUAUUAUUUAUUCUUUUUUUAUUCUAGACUCGACAUUGUCCAGACUUCCCGAAAGAAUAAAAUUAUAUCUAACGGUCGCUCUCAAAAUAGUUUACAGAUGGGGAACUAUGCAUUUGUUUGAUGACUAUUUCCUUCAGUUUAUGUAUUUAUUAUUCCUCAAAAAAUAAAAUUUAAAAUUGUCGCUAUAUCUCACGAACUUGUGCGUGACGAUAGAGCGAUCCUCUGCAAACAUUUCUUGCUCUCGGCGACCGUUAGAAUACGAUUUCUCUUACUUAAUUAUUAUCUUUACAAGGACAACGAGAAGAAAAAUGUUAAGUCCACCGGACGUAACAAUAUUUAUAAAAAAUAUCUUUAUUUAUACAUAUAUAUUUUACAUAAAACAAAAUAAUAAACAAAGUAUAUAAUAGACAAAAACUACAAUGCAUGCAUGAAUUCAAAAUUCUAUACAUAUAAAUUGCUUUUAUUUUAAAAUAUAUAAAAUAUAUUAUUUACGUAAUUUACAUUUAUGCUUUCCUUCUUUAUUUUUAACGUUACUUGCUAAAGUUUUUAUUUACCGAUAUAAAGAACAAAAUUGUGAUUCUGGAAUUUCAAAAGGGUUAACUGCAUCAUGUAGAGUUCUUCUUUGUGUCCUUAAUAAAUUUCUUUCUUCAUUAUUAGCAAUUUGCAUAACCCACCAUGCCAGAGCCAUACUUUUAUGCGUAACAAUAUUAUAAAAAUAAUAUAUAAUUAUUAUACUUAUAUCACAAAGUCUACAAACUUAUACGUAUAUAACCUUAUAACUGCAAUGCAAUACAAAUGUAUCAUUGGUACCACGUUUAUUAACAUGCCGAAGUAUAUUUAAUAAUUCCCUUUUCCGCUUUUCCGCCAGCAAGUUCCAUAGCGAAAAAAUUCACGUGAAAAGCUUCACAUUUGCGCUGUUCAGAGAGUUUUAUGAUCGCGCGGAAAGUUUUAUGAUCGCGCGGAAUCAUAAAGUUCACGUGAAACUUUUCAUUUUUCACGUUUCCGCUCUAGGGGAAAAGUUACAUGAUCGCUGCCCUGGAACGCCGCCGUCGGAGAACACUUCACACGCUGUGCAGGUUAUGUCGGCACUGUGUCUCGAGCGGGUCACUACGCGUAUUAAUUGCUUACUAGUUUCCUUUUUUCUUUUUGUUUCAGGUGCUGCUGCCGCUGCUGUCCCUCCAGGUCAUUGCUAGGAUCCGGAUCGUCGCACGGGAACGCCGUCGGGUAAGUAAAUUUGAGGUUAUGUGAUAUCCGCGGUCCCGCUGGUUCGCGAGAUGCUUUUCUACAGGCCCAGGAUGAUGCCGUCGGGAAAGGGCUCACACGAGAAAUGAGGUGAGUGAACAACACUUUAUGUUUUUUAUAAACAAUAACAAAUAUUUUUUAUUUCAGGUUACUGUUAACACAAAAUCACUCCCUCUUAGCGUCACGCCACAUGUACGAGUCUUCGUGUGUCUCCGCGAUUGUUUAAACGCACGAGUUUUGUACACACGCUCGUUCACGACGCUUGAUUCACAAACGGGUAAACGAUGUGAUGUGUUCGCAAUUUUAUUGCGUGAAGCUUCAUUGCCUCUUCGUCGCGCGCACUUAAUUAACGCGCGGACGCUUGCUUUUUACGUGCGAGGCACGGAACGAUCGCACGGGACGACUGUCUUCUCUACUCGCAUUCGAGAAUAGUCGCUGUGAACGCGCCACAAUGUAACGUGGAUGUUGUACGUUCAAUCUCUCGCGCGCGAAAGCUCACGAGAGCUCCCACCGCUCGCUUAAGUACCAGUGUGGGGAUUCCUCCAACUCGCAUCGCUCCGCCAAUCACGCGUGGCGUCGGUUUUCGGGCGCGCGGCAUACGCGUCUUCCCCCUCUCCUCUGACUUGGACAAAUUGGCGCUAUGCGACGCUGCCGUGGUGCGGAUGCCGGUACGUCUCCCCCACUCUCGAGCCUUCAGCCAAUCAUGGAGGUGCACUCUGGGGUGGAAAUGGUACAUUGGAGCUGCCCUUCUGGACUUAGGCUGGAUCCUCAUGCAGACACCGGCGCUUUGACACCGAGCGCUAAUUGGUGAAAAACGGGUGGUGGUGGUAAAUAGCAAGAAAACAGCGCUAAAGCAACGGCGCUGUCAUGAGGAUUAAAUUUUUCAUGAUUUUUUGGCGUUUAAACGCCAAAGUGUGUGUGUAAUGUGCCAUCAUAAAUAUAGGUACUCACAUUUUUCUAAAUUUUUCUUGUGGACUACUCGAUUAUUCAACAAAUUUGAGCAAGUUUUGUAUUUUUAGUGUAAAAAUUAUAUAUGUAUAUGUACAUAUCGAAAAGAUCGCUUACAGAUAUAAAUAAGUUAAUUGGUCAAUUAAUUCUAAAAAAUUACAAUUACGAAAGUGGAAUUAUAUGAAAUUAAAAGUUUUAUUAAAUAUUUGACAAUAACCUACCAAAAAUGCUCAACUUAUUUUUUAGGCAUUCGGACAGUAGCGAUUAAUCUCGUUAUGUCCCUCAACCACGCGCUCCUCGUACAGCACGAUUUGUCGAUUCUUCUCCAGAGUUUGAGCCAGAAGUAUACUACGUUUGUUGUGCUUGUGCCUGCUAAAUAGGUCGUUCUUCAAGGAGAUACGUGCUGAUUGUCUAACGCCAUUCAAGUGUUGUUAGCAUAAAAUACACGUAAAUAAUAAAAAAAUACUAGAUCAUAUUAUAUCAAAGAUGAGUAGGGAGAUAGAUCAUGCCAAAGAAAGUCUUGACUGCAACAGUUUUUUACUUUCUACAUUUUUCUACGACUCCACAGCAAAGCUGUUUUCUCAUUUAUGUACAUGGGCGCCAUGCGCAUACACAAACUCAUGAUUUUUAUGAAAUUGUGAGCGUGGUCCUGUAUGGAGUUAUAGAAAGUAAAAAACUGCCGUAGUCAAGAAAUCCUUUAGCAUAAUCUAUCUUUCAGCCUAUCUCUGAUUACAUGAUUUUAUACUUCUUGAAUUUUCUAUUGUUAUGUAAAGGUCGAUCAUGGUUAACAAGUAAUAAAUUUUUAAUUUAUUUUUGAAUUGUGAUUCUAAUUAUAUAUGUUGCAUUCAUCGCUAUUGAGAAGCCCUUUGAAGAACAAAUAAUUAUACCUUUUUCUUUUUUGAUUAGUUAUGGAUCCAAAGAGUCUUUAUCAUUAUCAAGUGCAAAUAGCAAUACUCAAAUAUAAACGAGAUUAUUACAUGUAUAAUGAACAAAUCUUACAACGACGUAAAUUACUGGCUAUAAUAGCUGCGUUAAGUAUUAUAAAGGAAACAAACAAAUACAAACGAAAACGCUUUUGGAUAUCGGAAUUGUGUCAGAAUAGACAAGAUUUUGGCGCUUUUUAUAAAGUGUACCCUAUCAUUUUAAAUGAUUCAACAAUGUUCAGAAAUUACUGUCGCCUGACCAAAGAACAAUUCGAAAAUCUAUUAGCACUGCUUGCUCCAAUAAUUAUUAAACAGGAUGCGAUACGGAUACCAAUCUCACCCGAAGAGCGUCUGUUAUUGACAUUAAGGUACUUAGCAUCAGGUGACAGUCAAGUGUCUAUGUCAUAUGAAUUUGGUGUUGGAACAAGAACAGUAUCUCAAAUAAUUUCGGAAACUUGUAAAGCACUGUGGACAAAAUUAGCUCCUCUGGUUCUGCCAGUACCAAAAUCAAAAGAUUGGGAAAAAAGUGGAAACAAUUUCAGACAUAAAUGGAAUUUUCCAAACUGUGUGGAUGCUAUUGAUGGAAAACAUGUAGUAAUUCAGGCACCACAACAUUCGGGUUCGACAUACUACAAUUAUAAAGGCAGUCAUAGCUUAGUAUUAUUAGCCAUAUGCGAUGCAAACUACAAAUUCAUCGUAGUUGACAUUGGCGCUGAAGGACGUCAAAGCGAUGGAGGAAUUUUUAAAAAAUCAUCUAUUGGGCAGGCAUUAAUUAACGGGGAAGCAGAUUUGCCACCAGCUAAACAAAUUUACGAAGAUGGUCCUAUACUACCACAUAUUUUGGUAGACGAUGAAGCAUUUCCAUUAACGACCUUUAUGAUGCGUCCAUAUCCUGGAAGAGGCGGACUAAGUGUGGAUCAAAGGAUUUUUAAUUAUCGAUUAAGCAGGGCACGGAGAAUGAUUGAGAGUACGUUUGGCAUUCUUGUGUCACAGUGGAGGAUUUUUAGAAAACCUAUCAUUGCAAACGUCGAAAAUGUACAUAAAAUAAUUGAAGCUUGCGUUUGCUUGCAUAAUUUUAUACGGGAUGCGGACGCCGAUAAUAAAAACUGCGAAAUAGAAUUAAGUGAUAAUUAUGAUACAAUGAGCAAUUUAGGUGGAAUGCGAAACGUAUGUCGUCUUGGAUCAAAUACGCACUCACGUGAAGCUGCUUAUGUGAGAGAUGAAUUUAUGAUGUAUUUCAAUGAAGAAGGUGCUGUUAAUUGGCAGUUUUCAAAAGUUUGAAACACAAGGCUGAAAUUCAAUAAUUAAUUUUUGUAUAAAUAUAUAUUAUUUUUAGAGCUGUGUGAGUUUAACAAUUUUUAAUUAAAUCAAGUUCUAGUACGAUUAUUAAUAAAAUUUAAAGAUAACAAUUUUUUAAAAUAAGUUUGAAAUGAGUGUUAUAAAAUAGUUACUUAUUUUUUAUUUAUAAGAAUCUUAUCUUAUAUAACUUAUC